ACAACCUUCAUUAGCGCUGCUAGCAUCGGGAACGUUUCGUACUCGUAUUGUCUGAUGCGAUAUUGCUGACUGCCUAGGCGAAUAGCCCCAUCCACGAAAGAAAACCCCAGAAAUUCAGCAGGGAGUAGGAAAGAAGGGUAUGAUUGAAUUCCAGUUUUGUUCGGUUUGACCUUGAAGCAAUAGCUGGAAGUACAUACAACCACCCUCCUUAAACACGGUCAUUGAAAACUUGCGCAUUGAGCGAUUCAUUGGACGUAAACUCAUGUACGGAGUACGGAGUACCCGAACGUCAUUAAAGCGCCGCUCAGGUCUUGGCGUUCAAUAGGCGAAAAUAGUAGCGAUCGGCGGGGCGGAUCGUCCGGAAAACCAAGCCCCUGUGUGACAAUACCGCAUGGGCAUCGUGACCCAACUGCUGCUGACUACCAGCCUUCUCCCUUUCUUCUCUUCUGAACGUAUUGGCUUCCAUUCCUUUUCCUUUUUCUAUUGCAUCCUCCCAUCGCUUGUGCCACUCCCACAGUAGCCCGUCGGUGAUAUCAAUGAUGGGGUUUUCACCAACCCGUUUUCUCCGCAUCCCGCGGCCAGAGACAUUCCUCUAUGUCAUGAGCCUGCGGACGGGCGCUUCUCUCAUCACUUUAUCCUUGCUCUUGAACAAAAUUAGCGGCCUUUACGGGUUGCUUGCGCUCCUAACCGGCUACCACCUUUCACCCGUCCAGCUGUCCAUGUACCUUUACUCCCUACUCGCUCUCGGCGUCGCAACACUGCUCUUCCCGCAUAUCCGGAAACAAUCGCCUCUGCAAUGCCUCGCUCUCGCCUGGCUCUACCUCUUCGAUAGCGUCAUCAACGCCGCUUAUACCGCUGCUUUUGGCGUAACAUGGUUCCUUGUCAUCUCUCAAAAUUACGAGAGUGGAAAUACUUCUGGACCCGGUAGUGAGACGAUUGCUCAGACUGCCGGCUUCACCAGCCCGAAGUAUGAUUCGACAUCUUCGCAGGGCGCCCAGUAUGCCAGAAGUUCCGAUGGCCUAGGCAACGCGGUUACCCAACCGGAAAGCUUCCAAAGCAUUGUCUUCAUCUGCUCGCUAUGGAUCAUCCGCGCAUAUUUUGUUUUUGUCAUGUUGGCAUUUGCUCGCCAGUCUCUACGUCUUUAUAUCGCUGUGCCUCGCCACACUCAGCUCCCGACUCAUAGCCGGAACACUUCCGUCGCCAGUGUGGCCAGCGUCGCGGACAUCGAUAAGGAGCCGUUCUCGCCGUUCACGCCUGAUGGUCAAGGUUGGAAGGGAAAGCUUGGUCGCGCUAUGAUUAGCGUUGGUCGCAAUUAUUGGUUAGGCGAGGAUGAGGAUGGUAACUGGAUGGAUACUAUGGGGCGACGGUUUCGUGCCCGCGGCGAGAGCACCGAGCUUCCCGGCCCCCUCGAAAGAGAACGGAGACGUCGAUCUGGAACGGGCCCUCCUCAGCCUUCUCAAUCGGCUGUCCAGGCGGCUGCCUUACAACAACCCAUCUAUGAGGUACCGGGUAUGAACGUCAAAAUGCAGGACUGGGGUGAAACUAGGUAACCGGAAGCGACCGGAUGUCGCCGAUCCGCUACAGGUCAUCCAUUCAAGUUCAGGUCAAUGCUGGGGGAAGUAAUUGCGUCUAAAUCUAUACAACGUGGGUGUCCUUGGCAGAGGAGACGGAUGUCAAUGCUCCUCUUCGUACUACGGACGCCUAACUCAUAAGCGACGAGGCUCUGGUGUCAACAGCCUUGUCUCUUACCCAACUCACAUGACGUGGUUUUCGUUACAAAUUAUAUCACUAAAAAUGGCGGGAUGAUCUACAAAUCUCUGGUCACUAGCCAUAUGGCGCAAGAGUGAUGACUCGACAACGCUCAGAGCUCUUUUUCUCUCCUUCCGGAGCGGAUCACAGAGAUGGAGUCCGAAUUUCCUUUGGACAAAGGUACAUUUGGCCAAUAGAAGUUGUUCUUUAUGGAAGCGAACGGUCUGUUUGUUCGGCUAUAAGGACGGAAGGAUUGGUUUUUUAGAUGUGGUCCCCGGCGUCUGGGACUUGUACAUUGAUAUCGAUAUGGGUUUUGUUUCAACCUUUGGCGUCUUGGGGAUCAGUUUUCAUGCACUA